AUGCCUCAGGCCUUCACAGUAAGGUCUCGGUCAUACGCAUACGAUAACGAAAUUGAACAGCGUCGCGGCAAACACUUACAACCUACACUUCACUCAACCACAUCAACAACAAUAAUGUUUUCUGCACGAGUAACCCGUGCUGCUGCCCAGCACUUCCAAUCCAUCCGAACCCAAGCUCAACGACGCUUCGCCAGCAACGAGAGUCAAUUCACCAACACCAAAAAUAACUCUUUCAACCGUGAACGUCAGGCCGUUAAGGAUCAUGCUGCUGCUACUAGUGAUCUUUGGAGGAAGUUGUCAAUAUACGAGGCUGAUUAUUGUGAUAGCGCUACGAUUCCCUGCUUGAUCAUCGCAACUGUCAAUACUAAGAUCUUGUGGGAUGCUCAUUGGGAUCAUUGGGAUCAUAUGGAGCCUUUGGAGGAGAGAACGGAAUAUGCUUAUCAAAACAUGAGGACCAGGAACUACUUCUGGGGCGAUGGGGAUAAGACAAUUUUCUGGAACGAUAAGGUCAACUACCACAAGAAGGGCUAA